CGAAUUCGCUCUCUGACAUGUGGGGCCGGGUGGUUUGCAUCAGAGGCCACGUCGGACUACACGAUCGCGAGGGAAUUUCGCGUUGUUUUUUUUGUGUUUCCUUCGCUUCGAAUCCUUGAAAUCUCCCGGUGGAAAUCGGCGAAGGGGAGGAGUCGAUCGAUCGGUGGAGUUCGCCGGCGGCGAGGGAGAUGGACGGCGGCAUGAAGGAGCAGGGGAUACUCCUGGUGCGGAAGGCGGUGGAGGAGGACGACGCCGGCAACCACGCGCGGGCGCUGCCGCUGUACGUGCACGCGCUCGACUACCUCGCCGCGCACCUCAAGUACGAGCGGAACCCCAGGGUCCGCGACGCCAUCACUGCCAAGCUCGCCGGCUACAUCGCCCGCGCCGAGGAGAUCCGCGACGCGCUCCUCCCCGCCGCCGGCGACGACGCCACGCCGCCUGCGGCAGCGGCGGAGGAGGGCAAGGCGAAGUGCGGCGGCGGGGAAGACGAGUCGGAUCGGGCCAAGCUGCGGGCGGGGCUCCACUCGGCGAUCGUCUCGGAGAAGCCCAACGUGAGGUGGAGCGACGUCUCCGGGCUGGAUGGAGCAAAGCAGGCGCUGCAGGAGGCCGUCGUGCUCCCCGUCGAGUUCCCGCAGUUCUUCACCGGCAAGCGGAAGCCAUGGAAAGCCUUCCUCCUGUACGGGCCACCGGGGACGGGCAAAUCUUACUUGGCCAAAGCCGUCGCGACAGAGGCCGAUUCCACAUUCUUCAGUAUAUCUUCGUCGGAUCUUCUCUCCAAGUGGAUGGGAGAAAGUGAGAAGCUGGUGACGAACCUGUUCCAGAUGGCCCGUGAAAAUGCACCCUCCAUUAUCUUCAUCGAUGAGAUCGACUCUCUGUGUGGCCAACGAGGGGAAGGCAACGAGAGCGAGGCUUCUCGGAGAGUUAAGACAGAAUUCCUCGUGCAGAUGCAGGGUGUUGGACAUAACGAUGAUAAAGUCCUUGUUCUUGCUGCCACAAACACUCCAUAUGCUCUGGAUCAGGCUGUACGGCGGCGUUUUGACAAACGUAUCUACAUUCCGCUACCCGACCUUAAAGCUAGGCAGCACAUGUUCAAGGUCCAUCUGGGUGACACCCCUCACAGCCUCACCAAGGGCGACUUCGAGAGCUUGGCUCGCCGGACCGACGGCUUCUCCGGCUCCGACAUCGCCGUCUGCGUGAAGGACGUGUUGUUCGAGCCGGUGCGCAAGACGCAGGAUGCCAUGUUCUUCUUCGGGACGGCGGAGGGCGACGGCGACGGCGGCGCGUGGACGCCGUGUGGGCCGACGCGGCCGGGCGCCGUGCAGAUCACCAUGCAGGAGCUCGCGGCCAAAGGCCUGGCUGCUCAGAUCACGCCGCCGCCGAUCACGAGGACGGACUUGGACAAGGUGCUGGCGAGGCAGAAGGCGACGGUGAGCGAGAAGGAUCUGGAGGUGUACACCAGGUUCACCAGAGAGUUUGGCGAGGAAGGCUAGCAUCAUCUUGCUGUCAUACUGUGACAUCUGAUUCCUGUAAAUGAUCAGUAAGAUGCUUCUGUAUAGCUAGUGCGCACUCGCAUCAGGAUUAGUUGAAUGAUCUGAUACAAAGUCUUGCAUGGGCAAUCUUUCUUUGCAUGGUAUCA